AUGGAUGCACUGAAUAAUCAGGCCAGCCUAUUGCUGGCUGGCCUGUUCCUGGUCGCGCUCACAGGACUCUACCUUGCUGUGCGAGGAAGCUCUUUUAUGAGCCGCUUUUGCGACCACAAGGUCAAAAUCUCAAAUGGCAGGUUGCAGUCAUGGUCGGCGUCUUCGGCGGAGAAGCCGUCCACUGCUUCUUCCCCACCUCCUUAUGUGGAUAUCCUUCCACCACAACGUCGCCAUACUCUUGCUUCGUUCCCGGAUGUGCUUUCAUACAAGGAGGUUAGUGAGAAGGAGGUCGGACAACACAUGCUGCCCAUGACAGCAGACUAUAGAGAAUGUACGGACGAGAAGUAUACACCAACCGGGUUCUCUGCAGCAGAAGUCAGAGCCUUGGGGGAUUUUCCAGACUAUGCAGAGCUCAGCGGCGUGCCCUUACCCCAGCCAUACCAUGAGUUUGACAUCGAUAAGGCCCUGCCUCGACCGUAUCGCCCAUUUAGAUGGUCGUACCACCAGACAAUGUCCCUGACGAAACUGGAAACCGAUUGGUGGAUCGAGCUCGAGAAUACCUACCGGGAAAGAGUCGCACAGCGUAGGGAAUUGUACGCCAAGCAUGGCAGCGCAGUGCUUGGGUAUCUACCUGGCUCAGAAUUGGCCUGCAAGGAGCUUAUGGAAAUGGUGCUACAGUUCAUCUGUGCCCGGUAUCCGCAGUACUUCUUCCUGGAAGACAAGCGAAUUCUACACAACAAGAUCCUGGGCACGAAGCAGGAUGUCAAGUCCAAGCAUCCGCUGGAAAUUCUGAUCGACAACGUGCCUGAAGACUUUGGGAUCAUGCUGCGAGAUGAGAAGACUGGGUAUUACUUCCUACGCGCUGGUGUCAUCUGUUCGUCCCUAGGAUGGAACGUCGGGACCAAGAUUGGCCUUCAAUUACAUCAGAUCCAUGAAACAAUCCCCGACUAUAAGGAGAAGAUGCAAUUCUCUAUGGAUCGAUUCUUCACCAAGAUGCCGGUGGACAAGCCCAUCCAGCGAGGGUCCUGGGGCAUGGAAGUGGGCCAGCCUCUAUACAUGCCCCAAGGGGACCCUCAUGAGACUCUUCGACUGUCCCAGGACCCUGCUCUCCGACUGGAAGAUUGCAACCUGCGCGUCGAUUGGCAAACUCUCCGACGUCUCCCCUUCUCCGCGGCUGUUGUGUUCAACUUCAAGGCCCUCUUCACGCCCGUGACAGAGUUUCGCGACGAACCCGGGGUGCCUGCAUUGGCGGCCAAGGUCCUGAAGGAAGGCAAAAAGAAUCUCAUGGAUUACAAGGGCACAUGGCACGUGGAACACGUCGUGGUUCCGAACCUCGAGAAAUGGGCGCAAGAGCAGGAGGAUAAAGGGCUAGUCCCUAAGGGUUGGGAGGUGUCAACCUUGGAUGACAGUCCUUGGUACAGUGGCUGGCAGGAGAAGUGGCAUCGCCAACAGGGGUACUAA